AUGCCAAUCUGCGCCAUUGCAUUGGUGGGAUCCAUGGACUCCUUCUUCAAGCUCUCUGUGGAGCCCCUCCGGGACGAGGCCCGCGAGGAUAUCGCCUUCCUCUGCUUUGUCUUCCUGAUCAUUGCAGCCUCCGUGCUGGUUGGAUGUGUCAUUGAGCAUGGUGGCUUUGCUGUCCUGGCCGAGUCUAUGACGCAGAGGCUGCGCGUCGCCAUCCUCAAGUCCAUCUUCCGCCAGGAGAUCGGGUUUCACGAUGACCCAGAGAACACCCCAGGCAUGAUGUCCAAGGCACUGGAGCUUUGGGCCUUCCGUGUCAGCACGCUUUGCAAGUCUAUCGGAGCCAAGGCCGCCGCUAUGAGUUCUGUGCUUGUCGGUAUUGCCAUCGCCUUUGCCUACUGUUGGCAGAUGGCUCUUGUGAUGCUUGGCACGGUGCCCAUCAUGAUCGCUGCGAACGCGGUGCAGAUGCUGGUCAUGUUGGGAGCUUCCAAGGUUGACAACGACGGAAUCAAGCAUGCGGCGCAGAUUGUCAGCGACUCCGUAAUGAACGCACGGACGGUCCAAGCGCUUGGAGUGGAGAAGAACCUGGUACAGAUGUAUAUCUCCUUGGUGAGCAAGUCCACCCAGGGCAUGUGGAAACGAAAUUUCAUGGCCGGCCUCGGCUUCGGCGUCGCUGCCGGUGUCAUGUUCUUCGUCAUCGCAGGGGGCUUCUACUACGCUUCUUACCUGAGAAACGCAGGUGUGGCCAACUUCAGCGACACGAUGAUGGCCUUUAUGGGCAUCUUCUACGCCGGCCUAGGCGCGGGUCAGGCUGCUGUGUUCAUGGGUGAUGCAGCCAAAGCCAAG